AUGCGGAAAGAGGUCUGCACCAUCGCUUUCCUCCGAGCCGUCUUCUGCGAGUUCUUAGGCACCAUGAUUUUUGUCUUCUUCGGCCUGGGCUCAGCCCUCAAGUGGCCUUCGGCCCUGCCGACUGUCUUCCAGAUCGCCCUGGCUUUCGGCUUGGCCAUCGGCACCAUGGUGCAGGCGUUUGGCCACAUCAGCGGGGGCAACUUCAACCCAGCCGUGACCAUCGCCUUCUUCGUGGGGAACCAGAUCUCCUUUCUCCGGAUGUUGUUUUACAUCGCGGCCCAGCUGGUGGGGGCCAUUGCUGGCGCAGGCAUCCUUUAUGGGGUGACUCCCAGCAAUGCCCGUGGCAACUUGGCUGUCAAUGGGCUCAGCAACAACACGACCGCGGGCCAGGCAGUGGUGGUGGAGAUGAUCCUCACCUUCCAGCUGGUCAUGUGCAUUUUCGCUUCGACCGACGGCCGCCGAAACGACAAUGUGGGCUCCCCCGCUCUGUCCAUCGGUUUGUCUGUCACCUUGGGCCACUUGGUUGGGAUUUAUUUUACGGGCUGCUCUAUGAAUCCUGCCAGGUCUUUUGGGCCUGCUGUUGUCAUGAAACGAUUCACCCCUAUUCACUGGGUCUUCUGGGUAGGCCCCAUCUGCGGAGGGAUCCUGGCCUCUCUGCUUUACAACUACUUCCUCUUGCCCCACUCAAUGAAUAUGAAUGAGCGAGUAGCAAUUGUGAAAGGUACCUAUGAAUCAGAAGAAGAGUGGGAAGAUAAAGAGAAAAGCAUGGAAAUGUCCUCCCCAUGA